AUGGAUGAGUGGAACUAUGUGCCCUCCAAACUCAACGUGGCUGAUACCGCUACCAAGUGGAAAGAUGCGCCCAGUUUCGAUAGUAAGAGUUCUUGGUACAACGCGCCAGAUUUCCUGUACAAGUCACCGGAAUACUGGCCAUCGAAACCUUCGCCAAGUAAGUUGGAGACAGAUGUUGAACUUCGUGCAGUGUUCAUGUUCCACGGUACAAUACAGCCACCGCUGAUAGACAUUUCUAGAUUUUCUAACUGGAACCGACUGUUAAGAGCCACAGCAUACGUUAUACGAGGUGUUCAUCGUUUCAAGGGUGAGCAAAGUCCGAAACCAGUUAUAUUGACCCAGCAGGAACUCAAGAAUGCUGAAAACUUACUGUGGAGACAGAUACAAGCUGAUUCUUAUCCCGACGAAGUAGCGAUUCUGAAACGUAAUCGAGCGUUUCCGGAAAGUGCAGUAUCAAUUCCGAAAUCGAGUCCGAUAUAUCGUUUUUCGCCGUUCCUGGAUGAGGAGGAAAUCAUUCGGAUGAACAGCAGAAUUACAGCGGCGCCGGGGGUUCCAUUAGAAGCAAAGUUACCAGUUUUGUUGCCGAAGAAGCAUUCGGCGACGGUUCGUCUUGUGGAUCAAUAUCAUAGGCGGUUCCUACACGGAAAUGGAGAGACGGUGUGUAAUGAGUUGCGUCAACGCUUCUGUAUUCCAGGUCUACGAGGUUUGAUCCGAGAAGUAUCCGGAAAGUGUCAGUUCUGCCGCGUUAGAAAAGCUACUCCACAGCCUCCUAUGAUGGCACCAUUGCCAGAAGGUAGGGUGACUGGAUUUGUAAGACCAUUCACACACACCGGAGUGGAUUAUUUCGGGCCAUUGAUGGUAAAACAUGGACGCAGCCUUGUUAAGAGAUGGGUGGCACUAUUUACUUGCCUCACGGUACGUGCCAUACAUUUGGAGAUCGUGCAUAGUUUGUCCGCUCAGUCUUGUGUGAUGACAAUUAGACGCUUCGUUGCUCGUCGCGGUGCUCCAGAGUCAUUUUACAGUGACAACGGGACAAAUUUUCUGGGAGCAAGUAAUUUGCUGGCGAAGCAGAUACAGGACAUCAACGAGGAUUGUGCCUCAACGUUCACCAACUCUAAAACCAGAUGGCACUUCAACCCACCUUCAGCACCACAUCAUGGACAUGGGUUGAUCAUGGGAGUGGAUCAUGGGAGUGGAUGGUACGCUCCAUGA